GCACAAUCAAAAUACCCUAACUUUUAGGGGUUUUCGAAAGUUCUGGCACAAGGGUGUGCUGCAUCAAGAGCAAUCCAUCAGUUCCAGUCACAGUACUGUUGGUCUUCGGUCUUUCCGAGUUCUUCAGGAACUUUCGCAUUGCCAGCUACAACAUCCGCCGCGCUAGAAGCCUGGAGUUCCUUGUCCAAAGGAACUAGAUCUUCGUUGUCCAGAACCACACUGGGAUUCUCUCGCGUCCACCGAGCACAGUCGCCAACCAGAGUUUUGAAAUCUUGACAGCCAGAGCUCUCACAUCGCCAUCCCCAGCAACGUCCACACCAGCAGUCUUGUACCCGGAAGAACUGGAAACCCAAGGAGCAUGAGCUUCUUCUCGGCACCGGAGCAGCGACGUUCCAUAGAUCUGCCACGCAACCAAUAAAUGGAGCAGCGAUCUUUGGUGGAGCAGUACCAUCACCUUGUGCUGUUAAAACCUCCGAGAAUGAUCUUCCCAGUUCUUCCACAGCUGCUGCGGAUGAUGGAUUGUGCUUGGAAACAAAUGCCGGGCAUUUGUCCCGACGAGCGAGCAAGCUUGCGACCAGGCCGGCCAUGCAGACUGGCCCUUGUCGCUAUUGACAACCACGGUCGCGAAGUUGAAGAUCCUUUCAUCGGCAUCAAAAUCUGGAAAUACUUUCCUGCCUCUGCCGCCACUGUGCCGGUAGCUCUCAGCAAAGACGCAGCUGAGAAUCCCCGGCGAUGCAACAUUUCCCUCGUGAAAUCUGGCGCUGGAAGACGAUAUUUCAUCGAUGAAGGAAGCGUUCCUGCCUUCUGCCAAUUUACUCUAGGGAAGAAAGAUCCACACGCUCAUCCUCGAGCGCGGCCUCGAGGAUCUCCACCUCUACAACCUCAUGCGGUAGCGUCCACGACUACUCGUGGCAUUUGCCCAAAAUGGGUAUCUGGAGGAGGGCAAAGGGGCAUUCGAUCGAAUGCCACAGCGCGACGUUGUGGCGUGGAAUUCGAUCCUGGGCGCCUACGCUCAGAACGGGAAAUCGAUCGAUGCGGGGCGAUUCUACGAGAGAAUGCUUGGGCGGGACGUGAUCUCCGCGAAUUCCGUUUGCCAAGAGCGGCGAUCCCGCCGGCGCGUGGAGGGCCUUCGCGCUGUGGACGUCCAUGGCGCAGGCGCGCGCUGCGGGCGGGCAGCUCGAUCUGGCGUUGGAGACGCUCCAUCGCAUGGCGCGGUGGAACGUCUUCUCCAGCACAGUAACGAUGCAACCACGCGUUCCAGGCCAGGCAGGUCCUCAUGCCCAGAACAAAAGCAUCCAGCUUUGCCUCUACAAGCGACUGUGGCUCCCAGACUGCGUCGUCCCGGAUCUCGUGGAGGUGUAUGGCGGCAACAGGAAGGAGAGGAUUGCAACCGAGAACCAGUGUUAAGUGUUAGAGAAAUCCUUUCCAAGAUGUCUUUGCCUGUGAGAGCUUUUGGAACAGGAGGUCUUGAUUCUUGCGGGAUCGCACGACUGGAUCUUGGAUCUGGAGCUCGUCAAGUGGCUGAAAGCAUGAGUGAUUGAUUGAUUGCCAGUCGAGCGUCUCUUUCCUUACAGUUCUUGGAUCUCACUUGCGCUUCUUUCCAGAUACUUAGGCGAGAAUGCGAGCCUUUCUCACCCCAGGGCAUGAAACCAAAAGUGUGAUAUCAAUUCAAAGUACGUCAAUUGCUAA